CAGCGGCAGCAGGAAGCCGUGGACUCAGCUGUUUUCCCACGGCCAGGAGUGAGAGUCGGGAGGGGAAGGGGGGUGGUUCGGUUCCUAGUUAGAACCGCUGACAGGACUUCGCCCGUUGGUACACGGCCAGCGCUCGACCAUACGGUCCAUGGAGCACGCGUGGAUGCUGUGCGCGGCCGAUGGGAACUUGAACACAAUCCUGGACUUUGCCACCGAGGACCCGUACCUCCUGACACGGAGAGACUUUAUCAGCGGCUUCUCGGUUCUGCACUGGUUGGCCAAACGGGGCCAAGACGAGGACCUCGUCAAAGUUCUGCGGUUCGCGCAUACGGCGGGCGUGCCCGUUGACGUGAAUGCGCGAGGGAGCGGCGGCUUGACGCCGCUGCACGUUGCCUCCAUGCACGGACAUCACAUGGUCAUAAAGCAUUUGGUGGGAGCGUUCGGAGCAGACGUGGAGCAGAUGGACUACAAUGGGAAGAGGGCAUGGCAGUACCUCAGCGGGGACGCUCCUCAGGAGUUGAAGGAGCUGCUUGGAUCGGAGGACGAGCACGCGGCAGGGGGCAAACAAACUGUCAGCCCUGGUGACGUCACUUUCUCUGAAGAGGUGCAGCCUGGACCUGCAGAGGAAAUUGGGUUCACAGGCCGCAGGUCCAGCAGCUGGAGAUUUGGGUCUCUAAGGAAGUUCAUGCCUUCAGUGUCGUUUAUUGGAAACAAAACGUAAUUUUUAACGUCCGACCUGUUCGAAACUGUUAUUGACUAUUAACCAAAUACGUAUGAAUACAUUCAGGACACUAAUUGUUUUCAGGUUCCCACAUUUGGUGUAAGAUUCACUGUCAGGUUAAAGAGAAUUAGCUCAUUCCUCCAGCAACUUAAGAAGGAUACAGGUUUGUUCUGAUCCAUUAUCUAGAGAGACAAAACAUGACAUGAAGUCCAGGAAAAAAAUAUAUGGCUCACUAAGUGUUAAAUGUUACCUCUAUUUAAGCCGAGUCAGCGCUUUUACAUGGGUUGGAUCGUGAAAACCUGUAACCAAACUUGAAACAUUUCCAGCAGCUUAGAGCUCAUGUCAAACAUUACAGUGUGCAGAUUUCAGGAUUUUAUGACUCUAUCCAAAAAACACUUUG